AAACAUUGUGUAGGUUGUCACUUGUCAGCCUUGUGCCUGCAAUUUUAUUUAAUGUGACAACUGAUUUGCCAUUUUUGUUUAUAAUAAGAGUUCAUUACUAAUUUGGAGAUUUACUUAUACGAAGAUAAAGUGAAAUUAUAGACUAAUUAUUCAGGGUUAAAUUUUAUUUACUAUACUCAAUAUGAAUAAUUACAGUUAUAGAGUAUUACAAUUAGGAAAACAAAUGCAAAGACAUUUAAGUUCAUCUUCUCGACCAAAUACUGGAAUUUUAAUGUUGAAUAUGGGUGGUCCACAGACCCUUGACAAUGUGCCCGAUUAUUUGCAUAGAAUCAUGACCGAUACUGAUAUGAUUCAACUUCCCUUCCAAAGCAAAUUGGGCCCAUGGAUCGCCAAAAGGCGAACUAAAGAUGUGCAACAAAAAUAUAAAGAAAUUGGUGGUGGUUCACCUAUACUAAAAUGGACUAACUUACAAGGGGAAUUACUUUGUAAAAAAUUAGACAUAGUAUCACCAGAAACAGCUCCUCAUAAACAUUAUAUUGCUUUUCGAUACGUCAAUCCUUUUACUAAAGAUGCUAUAGAUCAGAUAGCAGUAGAUCAACCGAAGAGGGUCGUUUUAUUUUCACAGUAUCCACAAUACAGUUGUGCUACUUCAGGUUCGAGUUUCAAUGAGAUUUAUACGUUUGAUAAGAAAUACGGAUUACCUAAUGAUAUUACUUGGAGUGUAAUUGAUCGAUGGAGUACGCAUCCACUUUUAAUUAAAACGAUUGCGAAGAGGGUACAAGAUGAAUUGAAGCAUUUUAAUGAGGAAACAAGAAAUAAUGUGUUGAUCGUUUUUUCAGCACACUCUCUUCCUUUAAAAGCUGUGAAUCGUGGCGAUUCUUACCCAUCCGAAAUUGGAGCAACCGUACAUUUGGUAAUGCAAGAAUUGCAGAACUGUAACCCAUACACAUUAGUGUGGCAGUCAAAAGUCGGUCCACUGCCUUGGUUAGAACCAUAUACUGAUGAGGCUUUAAAGGGUUAUGUGAAACAAGGAAAAAAGCAUUUUAUACUAGUUCCUGUGGCAUUUGUUAAUGAACACAUCGAGACCUUACAUGAACUGGAUAUAGAAUACUGCCACGAUCUUGCUAAAGAGAUUGGCGUAGAGAGGAUUAGGAGAGCUGCAGCUCCAAAUGAUCAUCCGAUUUUCAUUGACGCAUUAGUGGAUAUCGUACACAAGCAUUUGAAGAAUUCAAGAAAAGUUGAUGCUAAAUUUCUGACAUUAUGUGCGCAUUGCACAAAUCCUAAAUGUAAAGAAAGUAAAAUGUUUUUUGAAAGACUUUGUCAAUAGCAGAAGGUAAUUUGGAUAGACAAAGCACUGUUAUUAUUAAUCUGUUGCGUAUGGUGAAAGGGAUGAAUUCAAUAAAGACAAAUGUGUG